AUGACAAAGACAGAAUCAACGGUAGCGAGAGCCAUUAGAGCAAGCCGAAGAGUGCAAGGUUUAGAGGUAGACAAUGCCAGUCAAACAGGACAAACUCAACCAGAGGCAGGACCUAGCUCGAGCAUGCAAGAGUCAGCACAAACCAGUACAGCACUGGUAAACGACAUAGUCAACUCCAACAAUCCGGUAAAUCAAGAACCCAAGAGGCAGCUACGAAACCCAGUUACACCACAACAACACCUGCAGAAGUUUAUAGAACUAGAACCACACCCCCUUUGGAACUUCAUAGGACACGUUCCGAUUCCACUGCCUUUCCCAACGACAUCGAGUCUUGAAGCCAACAUUAGACAGCCCAAGGAAAGUGUUCAAAAUUCCUCAUCAGACCAAGACGACCCGCAUAACGACUUCAUCGACAGUGACAACAAGUCAGAGAGCGAAAGAAGCGAUUCAGACGAUUCAGAAAAAACAGAAGAAGAGAAGAAGAGUAGGUUACACAAAUCUUCACCAUCGCUAGGAUCGUCAAACAGCAACAAGGAGUCAGGAGGAAAUUCAAGCGACUCAUCGUCAGUUUCAAAUUCAGAUAGUGAAAAUAGUGAUUCAGGUUCAGAAUCAGGAAGCAGUUCGGAUGACUCAGACAGACAAGGAGAGAAAGGUGAGAAAUCUGAACUUCAGUGUGAACUUGAAUAA